AUGCUAUUGCGUGUUUGUAGUCGUUCGCGUGUGUUUUUCAAGUUUACAAGUGGGCUAAGUUUUCCUUACAGUAAUGCCAGAUUCUUUAGCACCUCCGUACGUCUAUUCGCUCCAAGACGCAAGCCCAAAUCUACUGGCCAGCCUCCAUCAGAUGAACCAGUGGUGGUGGAAGAAGGGAUAAAGGAGAAAACCAUUUCCAUAGUUGAUGAGCUCGCUGACAGGGCGGGGGAGCUUUCCAGUGGGGUUGCGACGGCGGUGCCUGCAGUUAACAAGCGGGUCUCAUCACGUCGCCCGAGGAAUUCAUCGGGUGGGAAGGCGAAGGAAGAGUCACAAGUUGGGGCUGCUGGUAGUUCUGACGCAUCGAGUGAAGUGCGAAUACAAAAGGUGAAGAUUGACACACGCCUCGUGGUGGAGGAAUGGAAUGCGGUCUGCGCUGAUGCUUCACUCGAGGAUUCGGAGAAGGGGUGCGAGGCUCAGCAGGUGGAGAGUAAAGUGGUGACCCCUCCCGCACGUGGCUCUACAGGUGUUAAAGGUCCAGGUACAAUUAAAAUAGCCACAAUCGGAGCUUGCAUUGCCCGUGCGGUGAAAUAUCGGGAGAGGUACCCGUCCCUUCACCUCAUAUUGAGGGCAUGUGAAGAGAAAUGUCUCACCCGUGAGGGAGUCAUUGUUCACGGUGCUGCCGAAACUGCAAGGAACGUGGAGCAGUUACAAGCACUUAUGGCCUUUUUGCGCGUAUAUAGGACGAGUACAUUUUGUAAUACUGUCGUGUACCAGGAAAUUAUGGAGAAAUUGCUUGACUGUGUAAUUACGUGGCAGGGUGAGGUUACGGGGGCGAGAGCGAGAGAGCAACAGCGUGAUGCUGCAGCUGCAAUUAAGAAGGCGGUACUUUGGGUGUCCUUGGAGUUGCGGCAAAAUCAGCUGGAGGCCAAACCGUCCACCAAGGCUCCUCCCACUGGUGGGGUCGAAAAGAAGAGGAAAGUUGCCGCGAAAAAAAAUGCUGAUGGUGAGAAUAGCAAAUGGAUUGGGGACGUUACACUGCGCCUGGUUGAUGAGCUCGUUGUUCCUGCUGCCAGUGGUGUGGUGGAGGCCAACCGUAUCGAUGAACCACAUUCCCUUAGCGAUGUUGUGGUGGACUUGGCGGUUCUUUUUCUUGCCAUCUCUAUUGCAAAUGAUCAUGACCAUAUUUCGGCGCGUACGAAAAAAUCGUGGGAGGAUUGCACGUCUCAAAUACAGUCUGCUGCGAUCAAACGUGUUAACAGUGCCGUGACAGAAAAGUUACAACGCAUAAGCGUUGGAGACAUACACAUGCUCGCUUUCGAUCUAUUGAAUGGUUUAUUUGUCUUGAAUGGGGCAAGUGCAGCGUUGCCGCCACCUGUGCGUGAUCGACUGAAACAUGAUAUGACAGACAGCUUUCAGCACCUCUGUUUAGGUGUGGGUACACGACCCCUGAUGUUCAUUGAUGUUCUCUGCAAGAGCGAUGUUGCCCGUGUGGUUCAAUCAUUGCCAUCGCAGGACCUCUGCGAUUCCACUCGGGCGGCCGUCGUUACAGCUGCCGCACUCUUUUGCGAACGAGCAGACGAAUCCGCGGUGAAGAAGCUUUCGUGUAAACUAACUAAGGAGAGGAGGGAAUUUACUAGAAAUGGCGCAUGUGAUUCAUCGGGAGUUUUUUCUGGAGACAAUCCCUCGGGGCCCGCCCUUAUACAUCACGCAGAGCCACGGUCCCGGCGGGCGAAGGUGGCCUUUGGGCUCUUUGCCGCUGGAUAUUGUCCCGAGGCCGUCUUGAGUAGCGGCUUAUGCGUGGGGCACAGCGCCGUGGAGGUGCUUGAAGUACUUUACGCUGCCUCCUUAUUUUCGCGUUCGUUUGCUCUUGAUCCACUGCCCGCGAGGAUAUCUACCAUGUUAACAUCUGAGUGUGCUUCAUUAAUCGAGGCUCGCAUUCGGGCUGACACAAGGGCGGGGAUGACACCGCUGGAAACCCUUGAGGAGCCAAAGGCCAUUCGAGAUCUUCUUGAGCGGGGGCGAAAUGGUGACGGCGAGGCACCGAACACUUCCAAGCGGCAAAGACAGCGCGGCGGUGCUGCUGCGAAUGUUACAAAGGCUAACUCUGUUCCGCUAGAAACAGUUCUGCACUUGGCUUUCUCUACUUCUGUGGAACUGCUUGUGCGAGGAGAGGAAAAGAAGCUGAGUGCCCACCUUGUAUCAAUGCUGGCACUAUUGGAGCGGGAAGGCUCUUAUUACUACCUCUCGGACGGUUUAACGGUACUGAUUGACAUGUUCGUAGAACGGUAUCAGCUUGCUGGUUGCUACCAACCUCUCACACAGCGGGAGUCAUCGAAUGCCACCUUACCGGAUGUCGAAAGCUCACUUUCGGAGGUUACGGCAUUAUUUGUUCCGCGUGUUGUGGAAUGUGCGCUCCGGCAGCUAAGCUGGGCUAAAAGGUCUAGUGCAAUGGGUACUGCGGAGUGUGAGGCAGCUAAGAAGCUCCUUCAGGGCGUUCAUAACUUUACUGUGUACGCGGCGUCCUGUGGGAUGGAUGCAACUGUGGCCAAGCAGCUUGUUGGCCUCCAUUCUACUGUUGUUAAAUCGUUGCUUUGUAGCGGUGGCGCUGAAGGUGACGGCCCCUCGCUAUUCGAGACGGUGAAUAGGAUGGAUGAACUCGUUACACACGUAGGCGCCAAGCAGCGUGACCUCGCCCGAGUACGUUUACCAGGAUCCUCAUGGCAGCGGUACUGCAGUAUUGUUGUUAAUGAUGUUGUCGCAGCUCACUUGAAGCCGGUCGCGGCAGCCAUCCGACGAGGGGGUAGCAAUGCUGUCAUGACACAAAACCCUUCUCACGUGCUUUCCCUCGUAAACCUUCUGUUCCGCCUUGUCUCCGAGUUCACGAUCGAGUCGGAGCCAGCAGAGCUUCAGGCCUUUCGUACCGAUGUUUUGGACCCUGCGCUCACGCGGUUCCUGCAGCAGCAGAAUAGUGAAGAAGAACGUUCCAAAGAUGCGCUUAGGCUUCAGGCGCUUAGCGAGAUGACGGUGGUUAUGUGCACACCCCACACAAUUCACCAUCUUUCGCCCCAGCUGCUGUCGCAGUUGGCCACGGCAGUGAGAGUGGCAGUAAUGGAGGAGCGAUGUGCAACAGAGACAGAGGAUGGGGCGAGGCGUCGCCACCUUAGCAAGAUAGCGGCCCGAUUACUCACCUCCGCUGCGGCUGUAUGCCAGCUACGGAAGGAGAACCUCACGGGAUUGUAUCUCGAGAUGGUGAUGGCUGUUAGUCCUCUGCUGCUUGCCGGUGAUGUGUCGGCAGUGUUGAGAAGUUUUGUGAACUAUCAUGUACCCACCGACACCGAAACUGUACGGUCGCUGCGUAACCUUCUCGCGGAGGAAGCGGCUUCAUUAAGUUCUUCUUUUUCCCUUCAGGAGACCACGUCAGCGCUGCAGACUUUGUGUGAACUUGACGACGGUGGUCAGUUCUCCUACGCAGCGAUAUUACGGCGUGUUACUAACUCUGGUCACAUACUGACGCCUGGUGAAGCUGGGAUUGUGGUUCGCAUCGCAACGAAGCUGCAGCGACUUGGGGGUUCCCUCCCAGCGGAGGAUCUUGCCUUUUUGGUUGACCUUCCUUCCUCUUUGGCAGGUUCGGUUCUGCGGGCGCGUCAGCAGUGCCCAUCGUCGGAUGUACCGCUUGUCUUAAAGGGCUUUUCGCAGUUGGAUAAGGAUGUCUACGGGGAGUUACGUGAUCGCGUAAUGAAGGCGUAUAUCCUUCGCACCAUCCAAACACGGCAGUUGUUUAGCGCAGAGGAGGUGGUGGAUUGUAUUGAGAGCUAUGCAACUGCGCAAAUAACUCAUCAGUAUCUUUUUGGCGUGCUACUCGCCCGAGUGGCUGAUGUGAAACUGAAGUUUUCCCUGCCGCUCGCCGUCCGUUUGGUGAUGUGUGGCGUGAACGCUGCAUGGGACAAGAGCGUUCAAACUGCGUGCCUUACGGCUGCUCAACCGGUGUUUUUAGGAUUGGUCCGUCACCUUCUUCAGAGCGACCCUGCUUCACUUUCACUCGUGGCAGGCAACGCCGUGCUUGUUUUGCAGUGUCUCACAGAGGCAUUUCCAAAUGACCCGACGUGUCAUUUGGUUCUGCAGAACAUGGCCGAGCAUCACACGGCGCUUUCCAUGUCAACCAUGAUGGCCGUUCUGCAGCUCAUCGCAAGGAAAAACUCGACCGAGUAUAAUAUUCUUCGUUGCAUGACGGAUCAUGCCGCUUCGGUUUUGUUUCCCCAAGCCCCUCCCCAGGCAUUUGCUGAGCUGACACGACUCUUCGUUCAGUGCGGCGUGCGCUCCAAGACAUUGUUUGAUGCGGUGGGGAAGCGGUUCAAGGAAAUUGUGGACGACUGCAGCAUCAGUGAUCUCGUAACCCUAGCUGAGGCUUUUACUGUAGCCCACGUUGACUUGGAAGAUGGGGUCAUCUCUAUGAUGACUUCGCGUACUGUGGAGCUAGCGAAGCAACCGGGUGUGUUCUUCAAGCUGCUGCAGUACAUAUCGCUGCUGAAGUUCUUUUCCUUAGUGCAUACGGAGCCAGCCACGAAAGCGACGACGUUGCUAUUAACCAGCGCCGCAUCUGCCCUGAGGGAACUGGGUGGAAUCUCUAGUGACGUGUCAACACUCACGCCCGUGGAUAUCCACGUUUUCCUUUCAUCCAGUAUUCGAACCCACCCAUCGCAUGACGUCACGCUUGUAGAGAAGUGCGCUGACAUCUUAUACGCUGUUAUCACAUCCGAAAGUGCGGGGGAGGGUGCCGAGAAAACGGCCACUAGCAGUUGGAAAGCGGAUCUGCUUCUCAUUGUUGAGCUUGCCAGCCAUCUUGUGAAGUUGGGCCUUCCAACACAUCCAGUCGUUCCGGUGCUUUUAGAACUCCUGUACGAGAGGCGAAGUGCACUUAUGCGACGCCGUCUACUGCUUCAAACCGCCACUGACGUUGUUCAAGCUGCAGGUGCGCAGGCACACCAGCAACUCUACGCCCUUCUCGUCGAGGGCAAAUUGGCUGCGUAG